GCGCUAUUUCAAUGGUCGGAUUCUGCUCCAAACAAACAUCCAUCAUCUCCAGUCUCCUGGUCAGGUCUCAAUUGAGUUAACAAUUCUCAAGCAAUUCGAUCUCUCACCGAGGUCGGAGCCCUCUUCAAGUGCCGUAUUAGAAAGGGUCCACCUAUUUGCCUAGUUUCGCCCCUUAAGAUGUUAACAUCAUAAUAUUAUUAUCAAAAACAUGCGGGAACCGUACCGGGAGGUGGAGCCUUCGAGUAUAGCAGAUAGGAAGAAAUAAAGGCUCAUCAGGACCCCUUCACCUCUUCCCCCCCCGGCCUUCUAACGUCAAUCAUUUGCUUCUCUCCUCGCAUCUUGCCAGGGUAGAAACAAACUCUUUUGCAAUGGGCGUCAAACGGAGCCCUAGAUCGCGGGGCUUGGGCGUGCUUACGGUGCUUCGCGUCUACUAUGAUACCUUUUUCCGUCUUGUCCCUGGUUUCCUGAUCCUUCCUAGUUAACCCCAGGAUAUCCCACAUGCUCUGGAAAGAAUCGGGGUGGUUUUUCCUCUUGCUUUAUUUACGGUAUUAGUACCGAGCCCCCCCAAUAUCUCUCUGCAUGUGGGGCAGAUGGUAGGGGGCAAAGGACCAUAGGUUGAUGUAGAGAGGCAAGAAAAAAUAGAGAGGGAGAGAGCUGGCUUAGCACUUGUGCUACCUCUACAAAUUGCUUACCACACGACGCAGCGACUUACUUGCAUGAAUUGGCUGGCUAUUUUUAUUUGCCUCCCAAGAAUGCGGUUGUGCGAGAAAUGUCCGAUAUCCUACCGGAAUUGUCGACUUUUGACCGGAACACUGAAAUUUACCGAAACAAUGGGAACUGCUCUGAUACGGCUGCAGACAUGGGUUUCUUGCUGUGGGAUGGUGUGCUGUGGGUUUCCCCACUGCGGUCCGCCGAACGGCAGCCAGAACGGUAAAACGUGGUAGAACUAAGGCGGGGGAUUCCACUUUUCCCAUGGGUUCGGUAGUUUAUAAGGAGAGGGCUUCCCCACAGACUUUCUCUCCGCUGUUCGACUUCCUUUCUUUUUACUCUCCAUACCCAUCGUGAGGGAGACAAUCAAUUGCCCCACAUGUCGGAGGUAAAAACUACCCCCAACGUCUCCACUUACCAGUCUCGCCAAGGCAAGAGGGAGGUUGUUGCAAAUGUAUCACUCGCCGAUGCUUUGGCCCAGGCCAAACCCAAUCCAUGGACUACGAGGAUGUUCAAACUUUACUUCUUCCUGCUUAUUGCUUUCCUGAAUUCGUGUAUCAAUGGAUACGAUGGUUCAUUGAUGGGAGGUAUCAACGCUAUGAAGACAUAUCAAAUGUAUUUCAAUAUGAAGGAUGUUGGAAGCAGCACUGGAUUGGUAUUCUCCAUCUAUACAAUCGGUAACAUCGUUGGAUCAUUUUUCUGCGGUCCAUUCACAGAUUGGUGGGGCCGGAGAUGGGGUAUGUUCAUCGGUGCUAGUAUCAUUAUUCUCGGGACGUGUAUCCAGGCUCCUUCCACCGAUAAGGCCAUGUUCAUUGGAGGCCGUUUUAUACUCGGAUUUGGUGUUGCUACUUGCGCUACUGCCGGUCCUUCAUAUGUUGCCGAGAUGGCCCAUCCCGCUUGGCGGGGAACCAUUACCGGCAUGUACAACACCUUUUGGUUUAUUGGUGGUGUUCCAGCAUCGUGGGUUCUUUGGGGAACUGAGAGCAUCAAGAGCGAUCUCUCCUGGAGACUUCCCAUCUGGCUUCAAGCUGUUGCUUCUGGUGGUGUUAUCAUUGGUUGCCUCUUCUGUCCUGAGACUCCCCGUUGGUUGAUCUCCAACGGCCGUCACGAGGAGGCCCUCAAGGUCAUGACCGAGUUCCAUGGUGAGGGAAAUCGCGAGUCACCAAUUGUCCAGCUGACACACAACGAAAUGGUGAGGGAAAUCGCAACUCAGGGGUCUGAUAAGCGCUGGUGGGAUUACCGAGAUCUCUUCAACUCAAGGAACUCAUGGUGGCGUAUGUGCUGCGUUAUGGGUAUGGCUUUCUUCGGGCAAUGGGCUGGUAAUGGUGCCAUCUCCUACUUCAUGCCUGUACUUCUCAAGGCUGUCGGUGUCGAGACCCCCAAGACUCAGUUGCUCUACGGUGCCAUCCUAAAUGUCAUCUCUUUUGUCAUAUCCACAAUCGGUGCUCGAUUUACUGACCGUCUCGGUCGCCGCCCCGUCUUGUUAAUUGCUACAUCUCUCUUCGUCAUUGAAUGGUCUAUUGUCACUGCCUUGACCGCUACUUACGGAAACGAGGGCAACGCCAAUGAGAACGGAUCCCGAGCAGCUAUCGCCUUCAUCUACCUCUUCGGUAUCACCUACUCAUUUGCCUACACUCCCCUCCAAGCCCUCUACCCCGUUGAGUGUCUCUCAUUUGAGACCCGCGCUAAAGGUAUGGGAAUGUAUAACUUGUUCGUCAACAUUGCUGCUUUCUUCAACUCCUAUGCCAUCCCCGUCGCAUGGGAGCGUGUCCAAUGGCGCUUCUACUAUUUGUAUAUUGCCUGGAAUAUUUUCCAGGCCAUUUUCAUCUAUUUCUUCUUUGUCGAAACCAAGGGCCGAACCCUCGAGGAGAUCAACGAGAUAUUUGACGCCCCUUACCCCAAGAAGAAGUCGUUGGAGGGCCACAUUAUUGUUAUCACCGAGCAUGGCGCUGCAGAGAAGUACUUUGGGCUGGAGAGUCACGAUUAAAAGCAUGCGUAGUUCUUUUAGGGGUUUAAUUUCUUUUUGUAAAGUAUGGUGUGUGCUGGGGUAAUUCAUGUUAUAUUUUUCUUUUUUAAACGAGUGACCGGUUCAAUUUCGGGUGGUUUGUUGUUUUGCGAGGUUAUUUGAAGUUUGGACAUGCUGAUUGCUUCUUUGGGGGCGCUCCGGAGCUGGCUUAUUGGGUGUAUUACUGGGAUUUAUGCGACCUUAAUCGUACUCACUGUAACUUGUUGUGCCAGUUAUGCAAGAAUAGACACAGACUUUCCAUA